AGACUCGUUGCGCGCGGGCCCUGCCACGACCGCGACACCUUAGCUACUCCACACACACACACUCCAGCCCUGUCGUUCUCCGCUGAACGCAGCGGGCAAGCAUGGACACCUCGGACGGCUUCUUCUUCUCCUUUGACGCGCCAAGCGAGGCGACAGCAACGACCGACGUCCCUACCACCCAGGCUAGUUGUGCCGUCGCCUCUCUCACCACGUUGCCACCGGCGUCGCGCUCCACCGCACUCUUCCCAUGGGUAGCUCUCAACGAUGAGAUUGUUUCCCAAUGGGCCUCCGCGUAUUGCACCGCAACAAAGCCAUGCCAACUGGAGCUGGAGGUGCCGAAGGCUGCAUUGGUCACCUCGUCCUCUUCCUCCACCGCCGCCUCCUCGACCACACUCAACGAUACCCUCUCUUUUACGUUAUGCUAUCAAACGUCUCCCGAAGUCUCCGCGCUGACCUCGGUGACGGGGCCUGAAGCUGCGGCCUCUACGGAGCACCGCGAUGUCAUCCCAGGUCGGUACUACGGCGGCCUCAAGGUGUGGUCGUGUGCCACGCUGCUGGCCGAAUACCUCAGUGCGCACGCCGCGCAGUACCACCCGCUGUUCCACAAGUCCGGUACCGUAGCGGAGCUCGGGUGUGGACAGGGUCUGCCAGGACUGGCCGCCAUCUGUCUUGGCGCUCGUCGUGUUGCCUUCCAGGACUACAACGAGGAAGUCCUGGCCGUCUGCACGAAGCCGAAUCUGGCCGCGACGGUCACCGCCAACCGAGCGACGCUGUCCGGGCUGCACGGCAGCCAUCGCGGCACGCCUGCAUUACAAGUACAGUUUGUGCAUGGAGACUGGGUAGAUCUCAAGUGGGAGAGCCAAGACGGUACACCAACUUCGUCAUCGAGUGCAGAGGACGCGUUCUGCGACGUGAUUCUUGGCGCCGAUGUCACCUUUGAUAAGGAGGCUUGCGAUAAGCUGGCCUGUGUGCUGCGGCGUUGGCUGCGUCCCCACACUGGUGAGGCGAUCAUCGCGUCAAAGGACUACUACUUUGGCACAAAUGGCGGCUACUUGGAGUUCACCCGCUCCGCGCAGUCGAACGGGCUGCAGGUGACGUUGCUGCAGCGUGUGGACACGGCGGACAAGAUGCCGCACGUAGUGUUUCGCGUCACGCAUGGCAGCAGGUGA